AUGCUUCGGCGACCUACCAGCGGCGCAGUCCGCUUAUUCGCUCGACUCAAUCGACAUUUGAUUAUAUCAUCUUCCCCACGCUACUCUUCUUCUCUCCAAACAGAUCAAGCUGAUCGUGCUGAUCGCGUUCCGCUCCGCAAGCAACUCAAGCAGGAUGCCAAGGCCCUCAAACUCCAAAAGAAACAGCGAAAAGAGAACGAGGAGGAAUCCAGACAGACAUGGGAGUUGACAGUCGGUGUAGAAAUACACGCGCAAUUGAACACUGCUGCAAAAUUGUUCUCUCGUGCUGCUACCUCUACAAGUGAUACCCCAAACGCGAAUGUCGCCCUAUUCGAUCUAGCCUUCCCAGGGAGUCAGCCAGAAUUCCAAGCGGCCACCCUCCUCCCGGCGCUCCGAGCGGCAAUCGCCCUGAACUGUGAAAUUCAAACUGUUAGCCGGUUUGACCGCAAGCAUUACUUCUAUCAAGAUCAACCGGCUGGAUAUCAAAUCACCCAAUACUAUGAACCGUUCGCUCGAAAUGGAUAUGUCGAUCUAUACGAUUACGAUGGCAUCGCGCCGGAAGAUGGUGACCGGGUCCGAAUUGAUAUCAAACAGGUGCAGUUAGAGCAGGACACCGCUAAAUCACAGGAAUACCCGCCUUCGACGCAACUCCUAGACUUUAACCGUGUCUCACAUCCUCUCGUCGAGAUCAUUACCAUGCCGCAAAUUCACACUCCUGCCACAGCCGCGGCUUGCGUUCGAAAACUCCAAUCAAUCCUGCAAGCGUGCGGGGCCGUGACGACGGGAAUGGAAUUAGGCGGACUGCGAGCCGAUGUCAAUGUCUCAAUUCGACGCCGAGGCGAUGCACCGGGACAACAUCAGUAUGAUGGAAUUAGUGGUCUGGGUCAGCGCACGGAGAUCAAGAAUCUCAGCAGCUUCAAGGCCGUGGAGGAUGCCAUUAUUGCGGAGAAGAACCGCCAGAUUAGGUUACUUGAGAGUGGUGGAGUGGUUGAAGGCGAGACGCGUGGGUGGACUAUUGGCAGUACGGAGACUCGCCUCCUCCGAGGCAAGGAAGGUGCUGUUGAUUACCGCUACAUGCCGGAUCCCGACAUCCCACCACUGGUCAUUGGUGAAGACUUGAUCUCCAGUCUCCAAGGCAACCUGCCCACGUUGCCAGAUGCGCUGGUCUCACAACUGAUCGGAUCGGAGUAUGGUCUCUCGAUCGAGGAUGCCAAGCCACUGAUAGAGCUGGACGAUGGCGCUCGUUUAGAGUAUUAUCAAGACGUGGUGGACAUCCUUUACUCCCGUCAUGGUGAUCAAAACGAUCAAACGCGUGCGACCCUCGCUCGAAUGGCGGGCAAUUGGGUCCUGCACGAGCUCGGAGGCCUCUUGGCUAAAUCAGACCAGAGCUGGGAUCCCGAAGUUGUCCCGGCACAGUCCCUUGCCGACCUGGUCGACUAUCUUCACCAGAAGCGCAUCACUGGACCCACGGCCAAGCAGGUUCUGGCGGCAGUCUUCGACGGAGAGCGUCGACCAGUGCCUCAGAUACUAGAUGAAGACAACCUUCUCUUCCGGCCACUAUCUCGCGAGGAGUAUCUGGCUCUGGCUGAGUCUGCCCUCGCACAAAACCCGCAAAUGGUUGAGCAGAUCCGUCAAAAGAAGCAGCUAGGGAAAUUGGGCUGGUUUGUGGGACAGAUGAUGCGCACGGGUGAGAAAGGCCGUGUUGAAGCGACCAAGGCCGAGGAGAUUCUCCGGGAACUGAUCCUGUAG